AUGGUCGUUCGGGGGGGCAAUCUCGCGCAGGCACCGUAAAAUUUGUCCUGUCAUAAUAUCGACUAUCGACUGAGAUUUUGCUAUGCUUAAGAUCCUCACUCCGUACUUUCGUCUUUGAGUCUCCAACGCUUCGCUCUCUCUAUAUAGCGCCCCUCCUCUCUCUCUGAGCGGAGAACUCCGUCCAUCCGACAAGAUACUUAUUAACUACGGUCGUUCCGGUCGGUGGUGGGGAACCGUACUGUCGCAGAUGGCUUCUACUUUAUUCGGCGACUGCUCUACCUCCUCCGCGGCUCGUCUCCUUCCUCUUCACCGCCACACGACAAUCAGCCUCCUUUUUCGCCGUUUGCUUCCUCAGUCGCUGCCUCGUCAGCUCGGUCCCUCCAGAACCCCGACCUCUCUCAGAGCCCUAUCCUUUCCCUAUUCUACCUCUAGUUCCCCUUCUCCGGCGCCUCCGGCUGUAGCUUCCUUGGCUGGCGAGGCGUCUGCUACAGUAAUUGAUGGAAAGGCAGUGGCCAAGAAAAUCAGAGACGAGAUAUCAGCUGAAAUUUUGGGAAUGAAGGAGGCAACUGGGGUUGUGCCGGGCUUAGCUGUCAUUCUUGUCGGAGACCGGGCGGAAUCUGCAACUUAUGUCCGAAAUAAGAAGAAGGCUUGCGGGCAUGUUGGUAUAAACUCCUUUGAGGUCCAUUUGCCUGCUAAUUCAAGUGAAGAAGAGGUCCUCAAAUACAUCUCGGAAUUCAAUGCUGACCCAAAUGUACAUGGCAUUCUUGUUCAAUUGCCGCUUCCUUCGCACAUGAACGAGCAGAAUGUUUUAAAUGCUGUUAGCAUGGAGAAAGAUGUGGAUGGAUUCCACCCGCUAAACAUUGGCCAACUAGCGAUGAGAGAUAGAGAACCCUUAUUUGUCCCUUGCACGCCAAAGGGAUGCAUGGAGUUACUCCAUAGAUAUGGAGUCAAUAUCAAAGGAAAGAGAGCUGUUGUGAUUGGCCGGAGUAAUAUUGUCGGGAUGCCUGCUGCUCUGUUGCUUCAGCGGGAAGAUGCUACCAUCAGCAUUGUCCAUUCUAGGACGAGUAGCCCAGAGGAGAUCACAAGACAGGCAGAUAUAGUUAUUGCAGCAGUUGGACAAGCUAACAUGCUGAGAGGAAACUGGAUAAAACCCGGUGCAGUAGUAAUCGAUGUUGGGAUCAAUAGAGUUGAGGAUCCGACUAGUCCCAGGGGUUACAAGCUUGUUGGAGAUGUUUGCUACGAGGAAGUCUGUAAAGUUGCCUCAGCUAUCACUCCUGUUCCUGGCGGAGUGGGUCCUAUGACUAUAGCAAUGCUUCUCUCCAACACUCUCGCCUCAGCAAAGAGGAUUCACAACUUCCAUUGAUUCUACAGUAGUACUAUAGCAGGGGUAGAAGUUCAAUGAUAGUCAAUCAAACUCAAGUUUGUUGCUGAGCCAUCUCCUCCCGGAAUGUGCUCUUCGACCAUCCCUUCCAUUCUUUCCAUUAUUUUCUCUCCCAAAUGUGCUUAAAAAUAAGUUGUCUUUUCUCUGCUACUGGUUCUUGAUUUGGUCGAAUCCAUGGUUGGAUAUUGCUUUUUCUUAAAGAGAUUGUUUUCUCUCAUGUGAGAAUGCAUCUGUAGAUGAAUAAAUAUGGUUGGAGGUAUACUGAUGAAUAUCAAAGCACCCUCCUGCACUUUGGUCAGUACCGUGCAUUGGGGAAGCCGGCUCAAAUCAUGUCCUUAAGGCCGCCUGUGGGUGGCACACGCCAACAUCGCCAACUGAGCCUGCUGAACUGAAGCGAGAGCAGAAUGACUGGGCCAAGACAAGCACCAACUCAAAAUCUCCACCCGAAUGUCCGGUUUCUUGAUAAAAUUUCUUAUCAUCAGGGUCAAUUGAUUGAAUGUCUAUCUAUGUACCUGUCAUGUAACAGUACGCGAUUCCUAUGGUUCAAUGAGUUAAGAUAUCAUGUGCUGUGGCAGAUGCCUUACUUUUGGCACCUUUAAAAGA